UGAGUACACGAUCGGUAAAAAAUCAUCGCGCAUAAAUUAUAUCAUCUGUGAAAAUGUGUAAAUAACAGGCGGACACGCCUUUUUGCGCGAUUUCGUGUUAAUCUACGUACUGAACAAGUGACGUCGACAAUCCGUCCACGUGAUCAACAGUGAUUCAAGAUGAACAGUUUGUGACUUGUUGCUUUAGAGUUUUAGAAAAUAAUAUGGGAAAAUCAAAAGAAGAUAGUCUGGUCGAAGAGGUGAGCGAGGAUACGAUGAAAACAAAAUCGAUGUUCGGGACUUAUUUAUUAUGGCUGUUUGGCGGGCUCUUUGGAGCGCACCACGUGUACCUCGGUAGGGACGACCAGGCAUUUGUGUACAUCAGCACGUUCGGUGGCUACAUUGGUUUCGGUUGGCUCAGAGAUAUUUACAGGAUACCUGCGUACGUGGCCGACGCAAACAAUGAUCCGACAUUUAUCCAGGAUUUUAAGCGGAAAGUCAGAGCUAAUCGAAAGCCGCCGUUUUCCACGGCGCGAUUCGCAGCGGAAACUGCCGUCGCCUACUUUUGGGCCGAGCUGUUCAAUAAUGCGAUUCCGCAGGAGGAAAUAUACGGCAUUAAUUUCAGGCAACUGUUGAUCUUAAUACCAGCCGUAAUCGCGCUAGGUGUAUGGACCGUUGGAAACAUUGGGAGAGAACAAGGUUCGAUAUGGUUAGCACUUGCUACUGCUUAUCUAUUCUAUCCAACCUUGUACUACAUCGGCGAUGAUACUAUGUGGAUCUUUCUCAUGGUGAUCGCUUCGAGCCUGAGCUUUGAUACCUUCAGCAAGCAAUGGCGACUGAAACCAAAAAAGAAAAGAAGUUUUGUCCGGCGGAUGACGGUUUUAGGUUUAGCUCUUAUGCUCUACUUCAUCGUUAUCGGAAGUUACUUGUAUUUCAAUGCGGUUAUCACGGAUAGCGAAGGCGAGGAAAUCAAACUGUCGGAAGCGGUACAGCACUUCCUCACUUCGCCCAUAUGGACGGAUCUCAAGGCAAGUCUGGAAGCCACGUGGAACCACGCGAAACAUCAAGGUUUUUGGGCAACGUGGGCGCAAUUGGUGGACCUUACGGAUCCUCGAGGCGAAAUAAACGCUUUCAAGAUCCUGGGCCUCUCGCAAACCGCCUCGCAGAACGAAGUCACUGCGCGAUGGAGAACUCUGUCCAGGGAUAAUCAUCCUGACAAGGUUAAAGGAUCGGAGGAGGAAAGACGCAAGGCACAGGAGAAAUUCAUGGAGAUCCAGCAGGCGUACGAGAUUCUGUCGCAGGCCAAGACUCGCAGGCAACGUCGAAAUCGCCGUUCCAAUGAAUAAACCGUGCAUGAUAUUAAUUCGAAGAUUAGUAAAGAAUAAAUGGAUCAAUGAAAAAAA